GAGGGGAGGAAGAGGAAAGCAGAGGAAACACAAACCGGACUCUGAGAGACGCAACUAAACGUUAAAGCUUCUUGGAGAAAAUGCCGUUUUGACUGAGCUCUCUUCCGCCGCUUUCAUCAGAUUUACACACGCGCUGGUUUCGGUUCGUGGUUUCUGGAGUUUAUCAGAUCAUCAUGAGGAAGAUGAUCGUGUCUGCGCUGCUUCUGAGUCUCCUGACCCCAGGGAUUCUGUCUAUCCAGGUCACCCUCUCUGAGACAGAGAAGCGCACGACUCUCUUCGCAUCGGUCGUCUUGCGCUGUGAUUACUCCACCUCCGCUCCGCUGCAGAAUGUGGUGGUCACUUGGAGAUACAAAUCCUUCUGCAAAGACCCAGUUCUGGACUACUACUCCACAGCGUACCAGUCGGCCCUUCAGUUGGGUCGAGACCCUGCCAAUGACUGCUUGGACUCGCAACGCACCAUCCGGACCGUGGUUCAGAAACUGGGAUCCAACGAGGCAGUGCUGGGCAGCGAGUAUAGAGAUCGCAAAAUCUACGUUCAGAACAAGGCUGAUCUGGUCAUUCAGGAGGUGAUGUGGUGGGAUAAUGGGAUGUAUUUCUGCGCUGUGGAAGCACCUGGAGACACAGGCGGAGAUUCAGACCAAGAGAUGAAGCUCAUCGUGUACCACUGGCUGACGGUUCUCCUCAUCAUCCUCGGCACACUGAUGCUCAUCAUCCUCUUGUGUAUCUGCUGCUGUCAGUGCUGUCCGCAGAAGUGCUGCUGUUACGUGCGCUGCCCCUGCUGCCCAGAGACCUGCUGCUGCCCCGCAAAACUGGUGAUGCAGCACAGGCUGAUGAAGGAGGCGCAGAAGGCCAUGACUCCGUGGCUGAACGGACAGCCGAUCUACGCACCGAUGAGUAACCACAGCUCCUCGUACCAGAUGAACCCCAUGCUGUACGCAGGCUCCGCAUCAGGCAAAGGUGGGAUGACGCCGGUGCCUCUGCCGCCUCCACACAUGGCAGCGAUGCCUCCUCCCGGCGUUCACGGUAACGGCAGCGCUCACGGGACGUAUCCGGUGCUGGAGUAUCUGGAGAACCAGGUGCGGGGCAUGGACGUCUCCAGCCCACUGCUCCAGCCGCAGCCCUCCAUCCCACUGCAGCAUCUUCCUCCUGCUCCCCAACACAUGCCCCAGCGCGUGCCCUUCUCCGCCGGGCCCCCCAGCAUGCUCUCCGCUCUGGACGACGGCCCCGUCUCCCGCAGGGCCCCGCCUGGCUCUCGAGGAGCCCGCUCCAGCGGCUCCUCCCGCCACUAUCCUCGGCCGGCCGUCCAGCGCAGCUACAGUCAGGAGGACAUGCUGGACACUCGGAUCCGGACCGGACCGUACCGGCCCCGCGCACACUCCAGAGACGACCUGCUGGCCACCGAGCGCCGGGGCCCGAGACCAGACGAUUACUCCCCUCUGCCCCGCCACGGCUCCUGGAGCUCAGCCAACGAGGAGGACAGCAGACGCGGAGGCGCUCGAGGAGGAGGCUGGAGCCAUUAUCCACCCAGCUACAGCGAGUACGAGCCGGGGAAGAAGCCGAACAAGCGGCCGGAGCGCUUCUCUGAUAAAAGUUCUCGCAGCGGCACCAGUAUAGUCAUCUGAUCCGGAGCGCUGUAGACAGACUUCACGGAGGUUUCUGUGUUCAUGUGCACAGAACAAAGCACGUUUAUUUUAUUGAACAUGUUUGAAGGAUGUUACACUGAACAUUGAUCACUGAUUUCUUUUUUAUAUUUUGUGCAGAG